AUGCCAAAGAUCAGGGAGCUACACAGGCAAGGGGCGCACGCCCACGAGUGGAAGGAUGGGAGCAAGUUCAAGGGCGAAUGGGUGGACAACGAGAUGCACGGCAAAGGCACCUACACAUACCCAGAAGGGUGUGAGCAUCGUUAUCGGACACACCGCGCAAGCGGUGGGAUUGGGGCACAACCACACUUCACAUAG